AUGUUCAAGGGCAUUUUAUCCUGCCUGGAUGGGUUGGGAGUGCUGUGGGGAGAGAUCGGGGUGGGAGGGAAGGAUGAGGAUGGGAAUUCAAAGGGAGUAUUGGACCGAGGGAGUGUGAUGUCUGGGGGGGGGGCAUCAACAGCCUCCCGGGGACAAAUGGGAAGGGGGCUGGGGGAUGGCAAUGGCAGCCUUGCCACGGCAUCCAAAACCUCCCUGGCAGGAGAGGGGAUGGCCUCUUUCAUCCUGGCAAUCUCGGGGCCGGGAUGGAUUGCAUUGGCAUCCAUCUCCCUGGGUUCUCUAUGGGACACCCGGGGAGGCCUCCUUGAAGGGGGAAGAGGGGGUGAAUGGCAUGCAGCAGGCAGAAUUGUCCAGCCUGCACUGUUUGCACCGCUCCUCCAUGCUCUUCCUCUGCAGAUCCUCUACACCCCUGCGUUGGACAGGAACUAUGGGCCAGUACAUAAUGGCCUUCUUAAUGUGCUUGUUGGCUGUGUAGAUCUUUUCUUGGGUGGAAAAAAACAUUGGGAUGGUGUUUUUGGUUGGGGAGGUGUUGAAAGUGUCACAAAUUGUGCCCAUGGGAAUUUUGAGAAAAAUGCAUGUGAUGAAAGCUGGACUUGGUAUUUAUCAAAUGCCAGAAAUGUUGCAAAUACCAACUCCCCAGUACAAAUCCAGUGCCCGGGAACCAUCCUCAGCAAUUUCAAUGGAAAAGGAGUGCUUGCUUUUAGUGUUGGUGCUCUAUUUGUGACAGAAAAACCAAAAGAAAGCACAGAGACAAAUGUCUUUGACCUGGAUAAUAGUAUUGUUAUAUGUAAAUAUAUGCCCAAAAAUGUCUCAUGGAUGCCUCAAAUCCAUCAGGACCUUAGAGGGCAGAGUUAUCAAGAUUUAAUAAUAGCUCAGAUAUCUAUCAAGAGUGGAGGACAACGUAGAAAACAGAUUAGUAGCCAGAAAAAAACUUUAAAGGUGGUAAUCCAGAUAAAGGAACAACACAGUGCAGCAGACAUUGCUGUUUGGGAAUGGCUGCAGGACCUAGUCAAAUAUUUAGGGGAAGAUAGAAGGAGUUUGGAGGAGAGUAAUGUGGAUAGAGAUGAAGAUGGAAUAGUGCAAAAAGUGUACAGAGUGAAGGCAAUGUUUUGGAGAAAAAAUGUUGAGAAGGAACUCGGUAUUAUUAAUAAGACUCAACUCCAGGAUGACAACUUAUACUCAUAA